AUGAAAAAUAGCUCUACUUUAAUUUUUCUUCUUUUUGUUUCCUGCUGUCUUGCUAGUGAGCAGAAUGUCCCUUACAGCUGUAGACUUCUGCCAACUCAUAAUAACAGUACUGCUAGUUGUAUGCCGAUACAUCCACACUUCGAAUUGGGUCAUGCAUAUCAAAAUAAUUACAACUUUUCUGCUUAAAGUAGCCCUGAAUUUUAGUCUUUAGACCAAUUUGCUAUUAACUAUUUUACAUUAAAUCAAUGCCUUUAUAAUGCAAAUUUAACUGUCUAGCUUUUCCCUGAAACUAAAUCUCCAAAUAUUGUUUUCUAUGAAAAUUUUACUGACUUAUACAAUAAUCAAACAUGCAAUAUUAUCAAGUAUACUCCUAAGUCUGAUGAUGUAAGUCUAAGUUAUCAAGUUUCAUCUAAUUAAUUUACCUGUAGAAAGCAUAAUAUCAUUUUACCUCGUCUUUUUGAGAAGAAAGAAGACUCUUACAGAAAGUGCCUUUUUAACAAAGUUAAAUAUUUGGAUAAUUCUAUUGACUGCAACAUAGCUCACAUCUUCCACUACAGUGCAAAGUAACUUUUUGACUUCUACGAAAAUCCAAACUUCUAAGGUUUUAUCUCCAACCACGUUGUCCAUGCUAUUAGCAAUCUUGGAGAUCAAGAUUGGGAUUUCCCUCCCUUUGGUGAUAAGUAAUGGUAUUUUAACUUUAACUUCAUGUUUGAAAUGACACUUGAUAUUAAUGAGCCAAGCACUAUUGGAGACAUUCUAAAAAAUUUCUAAAAUGUUUUACCUGUUGUUCAAAAAUACAGAAAAACUCUUCGUCCUUGGUUUGUAGCUAUUGCUUCUUAAUCUCCUUAUAAGCUUGAUUAAACUGGAUAGAUUGCUCUCAAUGAAACAGCUUAUGGAACAUUCUAUGAUAACUUAAAAUCCAACAAAUUCGAUGUUCUAUUAACUUCUCAGCCUGAUAUUGAAGAAAUUACAAUAUUUGUGAGCAAGGACUACAGAAAAUUCUAUAAAUUCGAAGUUUCUGGUGAACCAAUAUUCUUGAAUUAGUUCGAAGGAUUUGUAAUUAUAUUUAUUCCUACUUAUCUAGACACUCCUGCUAUUUUGAAAACAUCUUUCCAUUCAUUAAAGAUCUAUGUUGAAGAUGAGAAAGUUCUUCACAUUUCAAACUAAAAUUGA